AACUCAAAACAAUGUUAUCUAAUAUUAGCAAACAAUCUCUCCAACAUGCGUUCAAGGUCGCUAUGGAAUAACAGGAAGCCAUCUGUGGAAACAUAACCUCUAGUGUACAACUGGCCAUGUAAUGACCCCAGUCUGCAACACAUCACAUCAACUCCCAACCAGCAUCUCAUGUCAGAGUGACAAUACCUGAUACAUAAUGGCACCAGACUGGCGAUAAGCCCUUCAAGAGAUUUUUAACCUACAGAGCUGCAGCAAGAUCUGACUUGACACCACCAUGGAUCUGAGUCCCUAUAAGCGUUGUGAUGCCUGUUAUCUGAUCCCCACACGUGUCCUGUGUAUUGGGCUCGUUAUUCUACAGGGUGCUAUACUCGACUACUACCUGAUCCAUCACAACAACAGCUACUGGUACGCCUGGAUUGCAGGAGAUGUAGCACUGGUCGUUGUGUUCAUCAUGGCAUUCCUCAUAUCAUACCGUCAUCUCCAACUUGUUAGAAGUACGUCAAACGAACAGGCUCCAGUUCGGGCAGGAAGUCUCCCUCUAGCUUUUUUCGCCUGGUCAGUGUACUCGAUCAUUCUUGCAGUUCGAGUUGGAAUAAUAUUUAAAAACUUUGCUUGGAAGCUUGAUGAAAAGGAUUUCUUUGGUCCAAAUACUCUCAAGAUCACUGUUGCUCUUUCAGCAAUAGUUUUCGUAAUGCUGUUGUUAUCUCAUCAUGAUGCACCUCCGAAAAGUGAACGGCAGAAACACAUUGACAUUCUUACACAGACAGUUGUGUUUGAUAUUUUAGAUUCUGUUGACAUGCUGGAUGUGUUCUUUGAAAAGGAAAAUGUGGAUGCUCUGAAAGUUCUUCCAGGACUUAACUGGGGGAUCAUCUGCAUUGCGUGUGCUAACCUCAUCAUCCCGACUCUCCCUCUAAUGGGACUAAGUCGGAUACACUUCGGGUACAAGUUCCUUCCAGAAACACUGGAGACGUUACACAAGAUGCUGCUGUUGAUUGUCAUCAACACGCCUCUGUUUACGCUGCGUCUCAUCCUCUGGCAUCGACUGGAUCAAGACGUGUCCACUUUCAUCAUGAAGAACUUCCUGGUCAUGAGUCUGGUGAUCUACGACUUCUACAAUAAAGGUCGAUUCCGGCGAAUGCGUGGUGUUACGGAAGAGACGGAUGGUGUGAAGGAAAGGGAGAUGGAAGAGAUAAUGUUGAGAGAUCAUAAUGCAAGCUUUGAUAAGAGCCUUCAAACAUGAAGAUGAAGGUUGUCAUCAGGUGAAGGUCAUCAAAAGGUGAAGGUCAUCAACAGGGAAAUAGUAAACCCAAGGGCAAGAGUGGUGACGUCUCACUCUCUUGAUGCAAUGGGUGAAUGUUAUUGAUGGGUGAAGGACAGACAUCUCAGAGGCAAGGGUCAUGACAUCUCACCUGUUUGAUUCAUUGGGUGAAGGUCAUCACAAGGGCAAAGGUCAAUACAAGAGCAAGGUCAAUACAAGAGCAUCAUGACAUUGCUCUCUUUUACUUCUACUGCAGCUAUGAUGGGACAAAAUUGCAAUUGACAGUUGAAACAGUAUCAUUCUGUUCAUUGAAUUUAAAUACUUUGUUUACAAUAUGAAUUUGACAAUCAUAAUAUUACAUAGUAAUUGUCUUUCAAAAAGACCUCAAGUUUUUUAAAUUGAAUUUCAGUAUGCACAACCUGUGUAUAGAAUUCCCCACAACAGCGCUGACACUUUGCAAACUAACCAGCCAUCUGGUGGAUUGUCAACUUAGUAAGUUUACUUGUUCAAGUAUUAUCAAUCAAAUUCCAUCUCUGAAUCAAGUGCAGGUAUCCAUGAAUGAGGCAUUUCUGCCUGAAUCAAAAUACACGGAAAUGACUGAAUAAUAUGUUUAACAUUUACAUUUAAUUUAAUUCUUACAUUGAAUUAAAACUAGAAUGAUUUGGAAAGUUAGGGAAUACAAUAAUAGCUUGACCAUUUGGUGUGCAUCUUUUUAAAACUGUCAGUGAAAUAGAUUUCUCAAGCUGUCAGAUAUUUUUAACACCAGCAUUACCAGUCAUCAUCAUGUAUUUUAAAUAUUCAUUUUCAUAGUUUUCUCGAACAUACUCAGCUCUUGUCACCAUUGUAUUAAUGUGAAGUAUUUGUCAUUUGUUAAUGUUGUGUGAUGUGUUGAAAUAGUACUUUGUAACCAUGGUAACAUUAGCAUCAUGAUUCAUUGUCUGCAGUGGCCUGAAAAGCUGUGGAAUCGUGUUUUUUAAAAUUGUUAUUAGAUGUUUUCCAUGAAUGAAAGGAACAUUGCAUCAACUAGUGGUGGUCCGAUUAAUUGAAAUAAUCGAAGAUUGGUCGUAG